AUGCUUCCAGCUUUUGCCCAAGGUGCAAUUGGAAUAGCCUGUAGAGUAGUGACGAUAUGGGCCUUCCUUGAAACAUUAGAAGGGUCUUGCCGCACCCCAAUUGCAGGCUAUGCUAGCAGAAACGAGAAUGGCAAUUGCUUGUUUAGAGGAUUAGUUGCUUCCCCUGAUGGAACCCAUGUGCUUGAAACUUCCAGAAUUGGUCCAUAUGUUGUUGAAGAUAUGAUGAAGAUGAGUAAAAGAUGCUGGGGAGGAGCUUCUUUCUUGAGCUGGACCUGGAUUUUCAGUAGUUAA